GCUGGGCGGUGUCAAUGUGCCGGAAGCCCGAUCGGAUCGCAUGGGUCAGGUUGUCAACGCUUUUGACCUGAGCCCCUUCUGAUCGUCUCGGGGCAGAGCCAAAAGCGAUUUGAGGGAUACUGGAUCCGUUUGGUAGAGUGAUUGAUCUCCAAGGCAUGGUCUGGAGAAUGUCGAGCAUGGUCAGCCUCGUAUUCGUUUGAGCAAGUCACAGUUGGACUUCAAUGCCGCCAAAUCCGCGCAUUGAUCCUUCGAACGUGCAGGCUCUGAUGCCUCGGGGUUGAAGCCGCAAGGAGCCUUCUGGAGGUCUGCAGCGAUUCAGACUCUGCUUCGCUUGGCAUCAUGAACAUGGAGACCAUUCUGACAGUAGGAGAUCCGUGGAUCAACGAAGAUGAGGAACAUGUACUGCGAUCCUCCUUUUCUGGGACCGUCUUUCAGACCGUACAUUGCGACCUGGAUCUCAGCCAACCAUUGACAGAUGUUCCCCGCGAUAUCGCUCGCACCGUCACUGGCAUUUUCAUCAACCGGCACUGGUUGACUGAAAAUGAUAUUUCUCACUUCCCUCGCCUCAAGGGUGUAGUCCGUAUGGGCGUCGGAUGGGAUCGUAUCGACCGUACAGCUCUUGCGAAACGCAAUGUCACAUUCUGCAAUACGCCAGACUAUGGAGUGACGGAAGUGGCCGAUCAUACUCUGGCUCUAGCUCUGAGUCUCCAGCGAGGCAUCCUGCUGCAUUACGUUUCGCAGCGUCAAUCUGCGCCCGCUUGGGAUCCUGUAGAUCCAACACUAUUACCAAGCUUUCGAUCUCUAUCACGUCGACCCAAGUCUCGGAUCUGGGGCGCCAUUGGAUUCGGCAGAAUCGGAUCAGCAGCUGCAUUACGUGCAAAGGCCUUCGGAUGGAAGGUGAUAUUUUGCGACCCAUACUUGCCGACAGGAUACGAGAAAGUUUUCGAGGCAGAGCGCACCAGGAGACCGGAAGAGGUGUUCAGCAGGGCGAACAUCAUCUCCUUGCAUUGUCGGUUGACACCUGAGACAAGGCACAUGGUCAAUGAUCAAACUCUACAAUUGGUUCAGCCUGGCACUAUCCUCAUCAAUACAGCACGUGGCGGACUAGUCGAUCUCGAUGCUGUAGAGAGGGCACUGGAGGACGGCCGGCUCUCAGGUGCUGGCCUCGAUGUUCUAGAGACAGAGCCCCCCAUGGAGCCCCUUCCGAAUCUCUUGAAGGCCUACCGGGCGAAAGCGGCGUGUCUGGACGGGAAGCUGGUCAUUACGCCGCAUAUAGCCUAUUACUCCGAGGAGUCAUUGGAGGAUCGGAAAAGAAAUUGUCUGGAGACUAUGCGAGACGUCCUGUUGGACGGACUAUCGACAAACGUCGUUCAAGGCACUGAGCAGUAAGUCCGCUUGCGAUCCAAAUGCAUAAACUUUUAC